UCGAGCGAUUGGGUAUCCUUUAUAAAACCCCGCCAACCCAUAUUCCUAGCCUCAAGCGUUGGCGACGGCGAGGCAUUUUCACUGCUCUAUUUCCAGUUCCAGUUAUAUUACAACAAAAAGUCAACAUGUCUCACCGCAAGUUUGAGCACCCAAGACAUGGCUCUCUGGGUUUUCUUCCCAGAAAGAGAGCUUCUCGCCAUAGAGGAAAAGUGAAGGCGUUUCCCAGAGACGAUCCAUCUAAGCCUUGUAGUUUAACUGCGUUCCUUGGAUAUAAGGCUGGGAUGACCCAUAUUGUUAGAGAAGUUGAAAAGCCUGGAUCAAAGCUACACAAGAAAGAAACAUGUGAAGCUGUAACAAUUAUAGAAACGCCACCUAUGAUUGUUAUUGGUAUUGUUGGCUAUGUCAAAACGCCACGUGGCCUGCGUUCCUUGAAAACUGUCUGGGCUCAGCAUUUGAGCGAGGAGGUAAAAAGGAGAUUUUACAAGAACUGGUGCAAGUCUAAGAAGAAGGCUUUCACCAAGUACUCCAAGAAGUACGAAACUGAAGACGGGAAGAAGGAUAUUCAGGCACAGUUCGAGAAAUUGAAGAAAUACAGCACCGAGAUUCGUGUUCUGGCCCAUUCCCAAAUAAGGAAAAUGAAAGGACUGAAGCAGAAGAAAGCUCACCUGAUGGAGAUUAAGGUGAAUGGUGGAGAUGUUCCUAAGAAGGUUGAUUAUGCUUAUAGUUUAUUUGAGAAGCAGAUCCCGGUUGAUGCAAUUUUCCAAAAGGAUGAGAUGAUUGAUAUCAUUGGUGUAACAAAAGGCAAGGGCUAUGAAGGUGUGGUGACCCGUUGGGGUGUCACACGCCUCCCCCGCAAGACUCAUCGUGGGCUUCGGAAAGUAGCGUGUAUUGGAGCUUGGCAUCCAGCCAGGGUAUCGUUUACUGUUGCUCGAGCAGGACAAAAUGGUUAUCAUCAUCGAACAGAGCUGAACAAGAAAAUAUAUAAGAUUGGGAAGACCGGCCAAGACUCCUACUCUGCCAUGACCGAAUUUGAUAGGACUGAGAAGGACAUAACUCCAAUUGGUGGAUUCCCUCAUUAUGGUGUCGUCAAGGAGGAUUACUUGAUGAUGAAGGGCUGUUGUGCUGGUCCAAAAAAGCGUGUGGUUACGCUGAGGCAGUCUCUGAUUAAACAGACAUCUAGGGUUGCUAUGGAGGAAAUCAAAUUGAAGUUCAUUGACACUUCCUCUAAGUUUGGGCAUGGUCGGUUCCAGACAACACAGGAGAAAGCUAGGUUUUACGGACGUCUCAAGGCAUAAUCUGGCUGCUUUGUCUUCAUCAUUUUUGCAUGUCUUGUUGAUGUUUUAUUUUAGUUUUAUACCUUAUGGAUAAAUGUUAAUGUUCUUUUAGACUCUUGAGUAUUUUUUUUGUUAUGAAUCUACUUAAUUUUAA